AGGUGCUCGGGGCGAGGUGCCAAAGGUUCCCUAUAAAGUGCUGGGGCUCUGGGCCUGCGGCCACUCGCCCUCUGGCUCCCGACCCGCCUGGGCCACCAGGGACCGGCCCUGCGACCACCAUGGUGAGGCUCGUGUUGCCCAACCCGGGCCUGGAGGACCGGAUCCCGUCCCUGGACCAGCUGGAGAGCAUCGAGGCCAAGGAGGCCGGCUCCCGGCCCCAGUGGGACAACAAGGCCCAGUACAUGCUCACCUGCGUGGGCUUCUGCGUGGGCCUGGGCAACGUGUGGCGCUUCCCCUACCUGUGCCAGAGCCACGGCGGAGGGGCCUUCAUGAUCCCGUUCCUCAUCCUGCUGGUCGUGGAGGGCAUCCCCCUGCUGCACCUGGAGUUCGCCAUCGGGCAGAGGCUGCGGAAGGGGAGCGUGGGCGUCUGGAGCUCCAUCCACCCGGCCCUGAAGGGCGUAGGCAUCGCGUCCAUGUUCGUGUCCUUCAUGGUGGGCCUCUACUACAACACCAUCAUCGCCUGGGUCAUGUGGUACUUCUUCAACUCCUUCCAGGACCCCCUGCCCUGGAGUGAGUGUCCGCUCAACGCCAACAGGACAGGCUACGUGGAGGAGUGCGCGCGCAGCUCCUCCGUGGACUAUUUCUGGUACCGGGAGACCCUCAACAUCUCCACCUCCAUCAGCGACUCCGGCUCCGUGCAGUGGUGGGUCCUGCUCUGCCUGACCUGUGCCUGGAGCGUGCUCUACGUGUGCACCAUCCGCGGCAUCGAGACCACCGGCAAGGCCGUGUACGUCACCUCCACGCUGCCCUACGUGGUCCUGACCAUCUUUCUCAUCCGGGGUCUGACACUGAAGGGAGCCACCAAUGGUAUCGUGUUUCUCUUCACGCCCAACGUCACGGAGCUGGCCAACCCGGUCACCUGGCUGGACGCGGGGGCUCAGGUCUUCUACUCCUUCUCGCUGGCCUUCGGGGGUCUCAUCUCCUUCUCCAGCUACAACUCUGUGCACAACAACUGUGAGAGGGACUCGGUGAUCGUGUCGGUCAUCAACGGCUUCACGUCCGUGUACGCGGCCACCGUGGUCUACUCCAUCAUCGGCUUCCGUGCCACCGAGCGCUUUGACGACUGCUUCAACACGAACAUCCUGACGCUUAUCAACGGCUUCGACCUGCCUGAGGGCAACGUGACGCAGGAGAACUUCGCGGAGGUGCAGCAGUGGUUCAAUGCCACGGAGCCCGAGGCCUACGCGAAACUGCAUUUCCAGACCUGCGACAUGAACUCCUUCCUCUCGGAGGGCGUGGAGGGCACGGGGCUGGCCUUCAUCGUCUUCACGGAGGCCAUCACCAAAAUGCCUGUGUCCCCGCUGUGGUCCGUCCUCUUCUUCAUCAUGCUCUUCUGCCUGGGCCUGUCGUCCAUGUUUGGCAACAUGGAGGGCGUGGUCGUGCCCCUGCAGGACCUCAGGAUCAUCCCCGAAAAGUGGCCCAAAGAGCUGCUCACAGGCCUCAUCUGCCUGGGGACGUACCUGAUCGCGUUCAUCUUCACGCUGAACUCGGGCCAGUACUGGCUGUCCCUGCUGGACAGCUACGCCGGUUCCAUCCCGCUGCUCAUCAUCGCCUUCUGCGAGAUGUUUGCCGUGGUCUACGUGUACGGUGUGGACAGGUUCAACAGGGACAUCGAGUUCAUGAUUGGCCACAAGCCCAACAUCUUCUGGCAAGUCACGUGGAGGGUGGUCAGUCCACUGCUUAUGCUGGUCAUUUUCCUGUUCUUCUUUGUGGUCAAGGUCAACGAGGAGCUGAUCUACAGCGUCUGGGACCCUGCCUAUGAGGAGUUUCCUAAAUCCCAGAAGGUCACGUACCCAGGCUGGGUGUAUGCCGUGGUGGUCAUCGUGGCUGGGGUGCCCUGCCUGGCCAUCCCCGGCUUCGCCAUCUACAAGCUCAUCAGGAACCACUGCCAGAGACGGGGGGACCGCCAGGGGCUGGUCAGCAGGGUGUCCACGACCUCCAUCAAUGGGGACCUGAAGUACUAAACGGCCUGGCCCAGGGCGUGUGGCCGUCGGAGUGAGGGGGGGAGUCCAGGCCACACACUUGAAAGUGUGUGCGCGUGUGUGUGUGUGUACACGUGUGGGUGUGUAUGUGUGCACAGAUGAGGGUAUGCAUGUGCAUACUGUGUGUAUAUGUGUGUGCACGCAUAGGCACGCGUGUACAUGUGUGUGCAUGUGUGUAUGUGUGCAUGUGUGUGCAUGUGCACACGUGAGCAUAUACACAAGUACAUGUAUAUACAUGUGAGCGUGGGGGGGUGUAUGUGAGCAUGUGUGCAUGCCUGUGUGUGUAUAUAUGUUGAAAUGUGUGUGUGUACACGUGCAUGAGUACGUGGUGGGCAUGUGUAUAAUGUAUUGUGUGCACGAGUAUAAAUACGUGCAUAUAAAUACGUGCAUACGUGUUUGUGUGCACACGCUCCGAGGACAGUCGGAGCUGCGGCGUCCUGGGGAGGCCGCGUCUGCACUGCUCGCCUGCGCCCCUCAGGACCGGCCUCGUUGCCACCCACCUUCACCUUGCUGUCGACCCUUGACCUAGGAGGUACCUGUGAGGUCGGGACACUGGUGCCCCACCUGAGGAUGGCCCUUCUCAGGCCCCUUGGCUGUGAGCCUGAGAAGACUCGGCUGGGUCCUUCGGAGGCCUGACCAUGCCACUGCCCCCCCCGCCCCCCCCAAGCUCCGAGCUCUGGCAAAGUGCCAGCUCGGUGAAUUCCAGUGAGUUCCAAGCCAGUUAAUCAUUGCUUCUGCCGCCGCAGGUAGAUGAGCAGUUAGACGGAGCUCAGCUCGGCCAGGCUGAGGCGGAAACCACCUUUGUGUUUUCCUUAAAAGGAAGUGAACCGCAUGAACGCGUAGCCAGGUGUUGGAAAGGCCAGUUAUACGGUAACUCGGCCGUGGGCA